AACCAAACAAAGAAGAGUGAGAAAAUACCAAAAAGAGGCUUAUAUUUUAGUUUACUUUGAUUACCAAAACUUGGAUUUACCCGUCAUUUACCCACAAUUGGACUGUAGAACAAUUUAGACCAAGAAUAAUUAGAACCGAAGCACCCCGACCAGGUACCACAUGGAUAUGGAUACCAAGUCCAACGACGACUCAGCAGGAAGCGAUUCGCUGGACAAAUCUAUGCAAAUCAAUUGUGUAAUGGUGGAAACCACUAGUUCCGCCAUUGUGGAGGCAGGUGUCUCCUACAGCUCCUCCGAGGAGCUGGACACCUGCAGUAGGGACUCGGCUGCGGAGGAGGAAAAAGUGGGAAAGGCACUCAGUUCUGGGAAGCAGGCGGAUCAAAAGACUGAACCUGGGCCAGAUGAUAGUCCGAACAGAGAAACUGCGCCCUGCAACUCGUCCACAACUUCCACAUCCUGCACUGCCUUCGAGACGAAAGUCAAGCUUAUCUCACAGAACCUCAAGGAAACCACUCUUGCUGAGACCUCGGCGUCUGCCUCCAGCAGCAGCAGCCUGCCCGAGCCACAAAGCCACAACAACCCCUUCUCCUCUACAGAAGACUCAGCGUCGCGCGGAAAAAAGGUGCGAUUCCAUCCGGAUGCCAAGGAGAACGAUGGUGGAAACUGGGUAAAGAAAAAGAGACGCUCAGCGCAAACGAAGCGAGCAUCCUCGCCCAGCGGCAUGAAGUUUCACGGUUUUUUGGACCAACAGGCAGAGGAAUACGACGAAGACGAAGUAGAGGAGGAAGAAGAGCCGGAUGAGAUGUUUGACUUUGCUAAAACAAUUGCCGAUGCGAAAGACUACCUCAAAGAUCAUCCGCUGACGUUUGUGAAUCGCUUUGAGCAGAAAGGGGAACUGACUUGGGGUCAGGACGUUGGUAACGUCGAAUUUUGGUCAAAUAGUGGUCUGUCCGUUGAUCAGAUCAAGUCUGUUUUAGACGAAUUAGAGAUGUUUAGGAACGGAGGAAGCUUUAUGGAGGAUGCGCACGAUGAAGAUUUUUACAAGCGUAUCAAGCCGGAGAACGGAAUCGAGCGUGUGCUGGGGAAGGAGACCAAGGCGGGAAAGGUACAAUUUCUUUUGCGCUACGAGAACCAAGGUGGCCUUUUCUGGGAGUCUGAAGAUUUCAUUAAACGCAUGUGUCCCACACUUCUCAAGGCCUACGAAAAAAAUCGCGAGCGAAGACAGCAGCUUUUGAUGCAUCACGUUGCCAAGCGGCAGAGUUUGAGACAGCGGUACACGGAUUUCUAGUAGCAAGCGGCAUAGGCUUAGAUUUAUAAUUAGGUUCCAUUACUUAUAACAUUUUUGUAAAAUGAAGUAAAAUAUUUCUUUUGUUGAACAAAAUGA